AUGUUAGAUAGCAGAAAACGCUGCAAAACGCGUUCGAAAAAUUUUGGUAGUCUAAAAAUUGAAAUGACGAGGCUGUUUAUUUUUGGUUUUGCAAAUUUAGGUGUAGUCAGUAAGGAGGAAGUUUGCUUUACACUGCAAAAAAAGGAUCAUAAGCUGCCUUCAAUGAUUAAAAUGAAAAUAAAAAAUAAGCAAACCAAACCAAAGGUGAAUAAGCACAAGAAUUUCACCCCUGGAAGGAUCCUCCAAAUAUUAUACACGGAUCCACCACAAAACAGUCCUAAGAAUAUCCAGAAAGUAAUUGGAGAAAAUUAG